AUGCUCGAUGUGUCUGCGUCCUUCAACUUACAACCAGAGACUCUUGGACAACCAGAGAUUCUACUGAAAAUGGCGUAUGCUGCCACGUUGCAGGACUGUCUAAACGCGCAAGAGAGGCUGAAAGGGAUAGCGAAUGUGACGCCUGUCCUCACAUCGUCUACUCUUUCAUCGAUUGCCGAGUGUAACUUACUCUUUAAAUGUGAAAACUUUCAAAAGGUUGGAGCCUUCAAGUUCCGAGGUCUUUACAACGCUGUAGCUCUCAUUGGCAAUGACAUUGGAAACAAAGGUGUGGUGACGCAUUCAAGUGGCAACGCUGCACAAGCUCUAGCUCUCGCAGCCAAAAUGAAGGGCAUUCCAGCUACGAUAGUCAUGCCCCGCACUGCCCCAGCAGUUAAAAAGCAGGCUGUCAAAGGAUACGGAGCUACUGUAAUUGAAUGUGAGCCUAUACUCAGUGCCAGAGAAUCUACCACCGCCGAGGUUCAGAAACGAACGGGAGCGACACUGGUGCAUCCAUAUAACGAUGCUGGAGUUAUUGCUGGCAAUGGGACUCUUGCGCUCGAGUUUAUUAAGCAGGCGAAGGAUAUGGGUGUACCGCUUGAUGCUAUUGUUGUGCCAAUUGGCGGCGGUGGAAUGAUAUCCGGAAUAUGCAUCGCAGCUAAAGGCCUCGACCCCAACCUUCGCAUCAUUGGCGCAGAACCAAAGGGCGCUGAUGACGCAUACAGAUCCAUGCAAGCCGGCCAACUGAUUCCACAAACGGCCCCAAACACAAUCGCGGACGGUCUCCUAACCUCUCUUGGUAGUCUCACAUACCCGAUAAUCAGAGACCACGUUGACGAGAUUAUAACCGUGGAAGAAACCGAGAUUGUGCAAGCCAUGAAACUUGUGUUUGAACGAAUGAAGCUUGUGAUUGAGCCUUCGGCGGCUGUUGGUGUUGCUGUUGUGCUGUAUAGGCCAGAGUUUAGGAGGUUGGGGGUGAAGAAUGUGGGGGUUGUGUUGUGUGGCGGGAAUUUGGACUUGGAUUUGCCGCUGCCGUGGGUUGGCAAGCUGUGA